AGCCGGAUAGUAGAGCGAUUCGACAGCGAAUUCAGUUGAAGAGCGGUCGUCCUUCGUGGUGGUUCGUUGCGUUGUUUAGGAAAUGUGUGUGAAAGAAUCUCUGUAAAACCUAGCAAAUUCGUAGGAUUAAUUUGUGCUACGAGAGAGAUUUGUUCAAAACCUUAUAGUAGUUCCUCUGGGAACGGAGUGGUUGAGUGUGUUUGGGGGGCAAUGGGUUUUCCAGGGGUGUAGGCCUAAAUGUGAACUAAAUUACAAGGUUCGAUCUUUGCGAAAAUGGAUGUGAUAGGCCUGGCAACGAUGGAUAGGGAUUGUUCAGCCCUUGCUGGACUUUUCCAGAUGAUCAUCAAUGAUAUGAAGGGGAGUGGUCCUAUGUGGGAGGAUUUUCUGAACCGCACCAACAAGCUCCAUCAUGCUCUCAAAUCGACUUUGGUGGCGCUAGCGGCCUUUCUCGAUGCCUUCCAGCGCAUAGCAGACGCUGCAACGAAUGCUAAAGGUGCAACCAAAGAUGUCGGGGCAGCUCUGACCCGCAUUUGCCUUCGUCACCGUGCGGUUGAAUCCAGGGUCAAGGCUCUUACGAGUGCCUUGGUGGAAUGUGUCGUGGUUCCUCUCCAGGAAAGGUUGGAAGAAUGGCGAAGAUCUCACCACACACUCGAUAAAGAUCAUACCAAAGAGUAUAGGAAAGCUCGAACUGAAAUAAAGAAAAGGACAGAAAAUGCUGCUCGACUCCAAAAGAAAGCAAAAAAGGCUGGAAAGAACUCGGAGCUCAAUAAAGUUUUGGAGUCUACUGUGAAUGAUCUUAGAGCUCGAUAUGGGCAACUAGAAGAGAUGGAGAGGACAGCUGUACGCCAUGCCCUAACUGAGGAAAGGGCUCGUUACUGUGCCUUUGCCCUUGCCCUUAGACCCGUCCUGGAAGAGGAAGUUGGUCUUGUAAGUGAAUUGGGUCAUUUACAAGAAGUGAUGACUCAGCUGGAGAAACAUUCAGCUGAUCCCCACACUCUUCCACCAGCUAGUGAGCAGGUACUGCUUGAUAUUAAAGGUGGGGAUACCCAGUGGUCUUGGCAAACACCCCCAUCGUCCCCAUCAUCACUAGGGUCUCGUAAAUCCUCCAUGUGUUCUAUUUCUUCCCUAAAUUCGUCCUCAUCCUCUUCAACUCACUCACCAUCGCACCAUAACCGUACUCGCUCUGUAAGCCAGGGCACCAGGCUGGUGAGUGUAUCAUCGCAGGACUCGGGUUUUACAUCGCAGGACAUGCUCUGCCACCCCCACCAUGCUCACAUCUCGACAAGUCUUCAGGCAUCCGGAUUAUCAGAACAGUCUUGUGGAUCUGAUGGUAGCACUCCUUCCCCUGCUACUUCUACUGCUACUUGGCCAAACCUUACUGAUCCAACCCUUCACCAUAAAGCAGCUCCACCACUUUCAGACAGACCCCACACCAUUUCUUCAGCUUAUGAGAAAGGACGUGAUAGACCUCCACUGACAGUUUACACUUUCCAACCACCCGAGGGACGAAGUGGCCCUGCAUCUCCACAGAUCAGCUCGCAGCCCUGUAGCCCAGUUUGUUUAGAGCUUGAAAGUGGUUGUGUGAGUCCGCUGGUAGGACAUACGGCUACCAUUUCUCGGCGGUCAUCACGAACUUCACUACAUCAUAACUUGUCAUCAUCAAGUCAAGAAAGCCUCACAACAUCUGGCAAGCCAAAGCCUCCGGUGCCAAAUCGCUGCUCCUCACUUGAACGACCUGCUGUCCCUGAGAAAAAACCUGCUAUCCGUAGCCAGCAGCAACAUGAGGAGCAACAUGCCCAUAAAGUAGCUCUUCAAUAUAGUUCGGGGAAGCUCAUGCCUAUGGUACCAGACUUUAACAUGGCUGCUCCAGAUAUGAUUGUACCUCAGCCAGUGUAUAGUAACAUGGCAGAGUUAUGUGGCAGCAAUUAUGGAGAAACCGUAGAAGUGGAUGGUUUGUCCCGUACAUCUGUGACAUCAAGUGGCUAUGGUUCACAGCCACAUGUGCCUCAACAAGAUGAACCUCCUGCCACUAUACCUGAAGAAUAUGAUGCCAGCAAGUACUGCACGCUACGUCGUUAUUCUGACCUGCCACAGUCUCACUACCAACCGGGGAGAGUAGUAUUACGCAGGAACCUCUCCCAGUCAGGUGUUAAUUCACCACGCAGUGGUACCCUUCGACGUUCUGGUUCACAUGGUCAAAAGCCACCCCCACCAGUAAGAAGAACACCAUCAAUAUCAACAAUAACAACAACUGUUCCUACUGUCAAUACUGCAAGCAACUUGAAUCCUUCUUCUUCAUGCACGAGCUUGAACAAUUCUCCAACACACUUGACAUCAUCUGCCAGCAAUCUUAGCUGUUGCAGCAGUAUUAAUGGCAGCAUCAAUAAUGGUGGAAGUGGAAGCCCUAGUCAGGGAAGUAAUAAUGGUAGCCCAUUGCAACGGACAGACAGUGAAUCCAGCACUCCUGUUGGUUCUUUGGAAAACCUGCCUCCUCCUCCAGCAUUUUUGCUAGAAGAUGGAAGUGAAGAUAGUAACAUUGUACCAGAUCCAGACCUAACAACACCAGAAGGAAUAAGAUUCAUAUGUGAUCCUUUUGGUCCACCAGCACCCAUUCAAGACAAGAGUAUUCAGCAGCGUUCCAUGACUGUGAGUGAUACUGUUAAAACACUGCAAGAAAGCCAGCAUCAGCCAUCCUCCCCUGUUACUCAUAGACGAUCCCAGUCAUUACGGUGUAACCAGCCAGCACAUAAAGCUGUUCAGCUAUUUGAGGAACGCAGGGUAUCAUUAGAAGAUGCAAGAGCAUCUCUCAUUACUACUCUCAAUGCUAAAUUUGCAGCACAGGUAAGCAGUCAGCCUCAGCACCACCCAAAAACUAUCCAAAAACAGCAGAGAACUCGAGAAGGCAGUCAAUCACCAAGAAUGAGUCGUGCAAGGUUAGGAUCUGUUCAGGAAGGAAUGGCAAUGGACAGUCCUCUUCAAUCUCCAACACACCGUCAAGUAAUGCAAACAAGCAAACAACAAAUGCCACAUCAGCAACAAAACCUCUACCACUCUACAUUUAAUCCACCAAAUUUGCAGCUUCCACAGCUACAGGCUGACAUAAAUCAGAUUGUUCCCCAAGAUGACAAUGGAAGUUUGAUUGGUCAGUCAAAUAUGGUCAUUAAUAAAGAUCCCAAUCAGCAAGCAUUUCUAGAAUCCUUGAAUGCAAAGUUAUCACAGAGGCAGCACACAAACACAGAAAAAAGCUUAACCCCAUCUUCUGGAUCUCCUCGUCUUCGUUCUAAAAGGCCCCACAGUGCUGCACCCCCUCCUAAUCCAAAACCACAGCCAAAUGGAAGUGCUUUAGGAGCUCAGGUACAACGAUCAAGUUCAGGUGCAAGUGAAAAGGCUUCUAAAGUCCGUCAGUGGAUUGCCAGUAAAACCUCGGGUAGUGAAAAGAAAAGUAGUGCUGAAGUAGCUGCCUUGCGAGAAUCCCUUCUUGAUCAGAUCAAACGAGGGACGACAUUAAAGCGAACCAAACAAGUGGCUGACAGAUCAGCGCCUCAAGUUUCUUGACUUAAUGUGGCAUUGCUCAUUAAUAGGUUUGAAAGGCUUGAAUUUCAGAGAAAGAAAGAAGCUCUAGAUUCAUUUAGAGUGUUACCAAGGAAAUUUCUAGUUGUUAUGUAUGAUUCUGAUACAUAUAUAUAAGUUGAAAAUUGUGGGAAAUUCAUUAAUAAAAUUUUAUUUCUUUACUGCCAAAGAUUGUUUGGAAGUAAAUGUGUAUUUAGAAGAGUAUAAUAAUGAAACAGACUUAAACAUAGAUGUUGUAAAAUUGUAUUGUAUAGCUUUGCAUCUCUUAAUUUUUAUUAUAAAAGAGGGCCCAUAAUUUGGUAAAGCUGUCAAAGAAAAUGCUAUGUCAUUACUGCUGUAUACCUAAAUGUUUGCCCACAAUGUUAUUUUGAAAAAAAAAAUGAGAACUUGAAAAUAUUUCCUUUGAUGUAAGCGAUACCCAUAUUAUAGUGAAGUUAAACUUGAGAAUGCACUCUUAAAUGAUUGAAAUAAAAUAGUGAAAUUUGUAUAUAGCCGAUUAUAAAUGAAGUGUAGAAAAGUUUAUUAUAAUUGAAGAGAGUAGAAAAGAUGGACUACAUGGCUUUGGUAUCUAACAUGGAGUGAGAAAGAAAUGACGACUUUCUAGGGUGUAAUUAUUUUACAAAAGUUUCACUCUUACACAGUGUGACUGUGCAUUUCUGAAGCAAUAUCAUCUUAUGUACUCACUACAACUGUGGUUAUUAUAAGGCUGGGUAAAUGUAACGUGUGACUGGAGUGGUUUAAGGUACUUAAUUGGUGUAACAUAUUCUUAAAGCCUAAACUUUUUGCAGAUGCUUAUAUUACCACCAUUUUAUAUUGAAUUAUUUAAAGAUGUUGAACAAGUUGGUGAAAAGAGUAUGCAUUUCAAGUGAAAGCAAAGUUUACUUGCAAUGUUAUUUCACAACUAGAAUGUGUGUUUUGUUUAUGUGCAGUGUAAGGUUAAAAAAAUAACCACCCAGACUGUGCUCAUAUAUUGAUUCAGUUUUGUAAAGUUCACAUUCCUCGAUUUAACAGAUACUCUAAUUUCCGUCAAAUAGGCAGACUGACACAUUGCUUUAUUAUAAAGCAGCUUGUAUAGAAAAUACUAACUGCCAUUGCAAAAUUUGACACUAACUUUUGCUACAUUCUGCUGUCUAUCAACUGUGUAAUGGAUUUCCAUUUUGUGUUUUACAUGGAUCUUAGUGGUAAGUUAGAAUGAUUGAGAAGGUGCCGUCAAAGUUAUAAAUGGUUUAGCUGAAUUACAAAAGAUGCUUUAGUACUGAAUAUAACACUUAUCUUUUCUAUCUCUGUGGCUUGACUAGACAGAAUCCUGGAACUGAAAUGUGAAAUUUUUAAAAUUAAUCACCUUCCAGGAAUAUCUUUAAUUUCUGCCUCCUAACACUAAAAAUGUAAGAGUUUAUUUUCUAUAUCCUAAAUUUUGUCCUUAAUGCUCCCUUGUAUAGUGUGUUUUAUACACGUGUUCCACAGCUUACAGACUAUAAUAGCCUAAACCUUAAGAAAUAUUGACUAUGACUCUAGUCACACACAGUCAAGAGAAUUUGAGUUCUGAAAGUUUCACAUGCACAGGCUCUUCUGUUGUAUUUCUUGUAUAUAUAUCAGAGGACAUAUCAUAUUUAAAAUAGAUACAAAGACUCUAUAUGUAUUUAAUUUAAACUAACAGUAAAUUAGUAUUAACACUUACCUAUGACUUUUAAGGACACGAUCACUAUUGGCAAAAUAGUUUUAACAACAUUUAGAAGAAAUACACUGUCAUGUACAGUUAUAGUAUCUAUUCUCUGUAGGUUCUCUUGAGGUACAGUACUAUUUUUUUUUUUUUAUCUUCACAGACAUCAGCAGCAGGGAAGUGCUGGAAAAUAUUUAAAAAGCCAUAGAAGAAAAGUUCAUGCUUAAAAUAUUUAUUUGCAAGUUGGUGAAUAUGCACUGCUUCCAAUAGUUUUCUCCACUGCUCCAUAGUUAAAUAUGCUAUGGGAUUAGUAUGGUUGGAGAAAAUUAUUACAGCAACAAAUUUUGUUACAUAUCAAGAACUAUACUAUUUCACUGGGUUGACACAUUGUUUUACUUUCAGUGGUUGUCAGACCUGAAAUUGUCAGGUUCGUAUGAGCGAAGUCCACAACUUGUUUGUUUUUAGUGUAAAAAGUGGUUAUUGUUUUUGCUGGUAGAUCUCGUACUAUAAAGUGAGACAAGAAAACAAGAAACCAGGAAAAACAUUAAAACCCGAGGUGUUUUCCAUACAAGUCGAAACCCUUGCUACCUAAUAGUGUCACAAACAGCUACUCUUAGCGAAUGUCAGGUGUUAGUGCCUUUCCUUUUCAGAUGUUUGUUGCGUCCAAGAGAAUCAAAUGCCGUUUACCAUGACGAUACUCCGUAAAAUGAUUCUAUUUGUGAACCUUGGCUGAACAAAUUUUUCAAGCAAUGAAUUUUAAGUAAUGUACUACUCCCACACUGCUUUUUUUUUUUUUUCCUCCAGAAGAGAAUUUCAUCUCGAUAAUAGAUUAAUGGUGUCUAUAAUGUAAUCUACAAACUAAUUAUGGAUACUGGGCAUGAAAGUAAUUGUUGCUUUACAUUUGUUGAUUGUCUUGGUACGUGCUGGAUUCAAAAAUAUAUAGCUGUCCAGUACCCCAGCUGUGAGAAGCUCAUGUUAUAAAUUCUGAACGACUGUAUAAACUAAUAAUACUUUCUUAAUGGUAGGUUAGUUUUCUUUUUUUUAUAUGACAAUAAUUAGUUUUGAUGAACGACUUUUCUGCCAUGUUUUGUGUAUAAAUGUCAUAGGCUAUAAAUAACAAAAUAAAGUGAUUCACAUA